GUACUUUAAAUGGCCAUAAGCGGGAGAUAUGAUUUAUUUCAGAGGCGAUUUAGAGUGAAAAAUGGAUCCUCGACACCAUAAUCAACAGUUUUAACCAUAAAAGGUGAUACAAAUAAGUUCAAAGGUAUAUCACAAAUUUAUAUAUUGCAAUUAAGUUCCCGUUUGCAAACCUUAACAGAGCUGCAGUGCAUUGGAUUCGCUAUCGAAGUCCGACAGUAUUGAUAAUUUCAUUUAGACAAUCUUAUCCAUAUACGUUAUUGCAGAUUUCUUGUUAAGAUCCCAUGUGAAAGCGCCACACUUUGACUAAACUAUUUAAUGACUGCGGGCGGUCACCUAGUGAGCGGGUCCACGGGUUAUGCCGCAUCACUGGAAUUAUCAAAUCAAAAGCGAACAAGCACCAGUACAUACAGAGAUCAUUAAUAUUUCAUGGGAAGAAAGCACAAAAGAUUAAAGUCAUCAAACCCCGAACUUGAAGCUGAGAAACAGCGUGAGGAAAUACGGAACCACAUUUUGAAAGUUUUUCGAGCGAGGAUUUCUAACCCUUGUGAUGGAGGGGCCUUAUUGGUAGGCAAAGACACCAAAGUGUCCCCAUCUCAUUCUGAACACCUGUCAAUCACCAGUCACACCCAAAAUGAUAGCUCCUCCUCCUCCAGCAUGAGUGACAGUGAUGACAGUCUUAGGAAGGCUAGUCAAGGACACACUAGAACCAGGAGGAAGAGGAGGUGCAAAAGAAGAACUAAAAGGUCAAAGGUCACAUCAAAAACACAGGGAGAGAAGUCUGCUGUAACAAGGCAUUUGAGGGCUGCUCAUGAUGUGAGAGAUGCCUUACACUUGAAUGAAUCUGUUAACAAGGAACAGGACAAAAUUAGUCUUAUAACUGUCAACAGAUUAACAAACAAGGUUGGAUUAUUUAACAAGGGAAGGAAGUCUGAAACAAUAUCCAGAGACAUCCAGGUUUCAGAUUCUGUUAAAAAGAAAACAGAAGAUGACCUUAAGAACAUACUACACUACAGUGAUGAAAAUGGCCCACCUAUAGCUCUGGACAUUGAACCAUCAAGUUCUGGUAAAAAAGACAAUAUUAAUCCUAGGAGAGAUGAAGCUGUUCUGUCAGGAGCUAGUAGUAAACAGACACAGCUGAGACACAUUUCUGAGCAGACUUACAUUAGGUCAAGUGUUCUUAGCUCGGGAGACCAAAGCAGAAACAGUGCUAAGGCAAGGAUGUCCAUCACUCCAGUCUCUGAACCGAAUAACAAACAAGUCAACUCUGCAGGCUCCUGCAAAAGUACAAGUAGUGGUGGCUUAGAAGAAAAUCUGCCAGAGAGUCCACCGUAUGAGGAGAUUGCAGCACAGCUGAUGUGUACUGUAAAACCAAGUCUGGUAUUUCCUGGACGGAGUAUUUUAGAAGAGACACGAGAGAAACUUCAGAAAUUAAUGAGACAAAGUGCUCCGAGAUCGGCAACUCCUACACCUAACUUGCUGACACUUGGUAGUAUAUGUACAGGCUCAGUAAAGAGGUCCCUUCUGGAAAGAUUCCUGCCGGAGGAAAACCAAGGAAGUAGUAAAGUUGUAGGCUACCCUAACAAUGCUGGGAAGUCUGAGGUCACCUGCAUGGAAUCAGAACCUAAUCUUUGUAAUAUUCCAAAACAACAAACGAACAACACCUCUUCUGACAUUGUCACUGAUGCCCAUGUGCUGUUGAGGUGUAAUGACUUGGCUAUUACACAGUCUAAAUAUCAAUACUCGCCCAACACAGAAAAAUCUCAAAACUUCAAUCCCGAUGCCAGACAAAUUUUACGCCAUAAUGACUCGGAGAGAGCCAAGAAGUUCAUCACAAUUCCACAGCCCAGACAAGGUGAACAGGGGUCAGACUCUAUACACAUGUCACGACCACCGUCAGCCUUCAGAACAAAGGAGAGGGACGCUCUCCAGCAUCAACCGUGUAUCCAUCAUGACGUUUCCUCCAUGGAUACUAGGGAGUAUGUGCCCAGAGAAUCCAGUCACCACGAUUCCCAGUCCUCCAGACACAGUCUGACCAGUUCUCAGGCCUCUUCCUGUGGUCACCCUGACAGGAGGACCUACAGUCAGGUGGUCAGUACAAACAAGGCAGUUGUUGCGGAGUUGCGACACUAUCCGGAACACCUUCUCCAUACAACAUACUACAGGGACAGCCUCGAUGUUUUGAUGCCACAAGAAAGACAACAUCAGCCGCCCAUGGAUUUCCUGGACAUGUUGGACGACACUCAAACUGUAGCCCCCUCUCCUGUUCCAGUCAAUAUGUUAAAGUCAGCAACACCCGAUUCGGAUGGCUCCCCUCUGUGGCUUCCUGUUCCACCUCCAUUUCCAAAGAAGCCAACAUUUGACACUCCAAGUCCUCCAGAUAAGCUAUAUCCUCGUCUUCUGUACUAAACUUAACUACUAAACAGGAACACGACAGGAUAGAAUUUCAAUAUAUCUGACAAUACGGGUAACAUCGGAGAAAUCCCUGACAUGUUUUGAAGAAAUUCCCAUGACUGGACUAAUGCUGUGAUGGAUAUUCCUGACAACUAUAUGAAGGGAAACAAUUGAUCAGAAGGGAACUCACUGAACGACCAAUACUGUGAGGCUAAUCCUUCACACAUGUUUUAGGAUGCUAAUCCUUCACACAUGUUUUAGGAGGCUAAUCCUUCACACAUGUUUUAGGAGGCCAAUGCUUUACAGAUGUUUUGGUAGGCCCAAUCCUUCACACAUGUUUUGGGAUGCUAAUGCUUUACAGACGGUUUGGGAGGCUAAUCCUUCACACAUGUUUUGGGAGGCUAAUGCUUUACACAUGUUUUGGGAGGCUAAUCCUUCACACAUGUUUUAGGAGGCUAAUCCUUUACUGAUGUUUUGGGAGGCUAAUCCUUUACAUAUGUUUUGGGAGGCUAAUCCUUUACAUAUGUUUUGGGAGGCUAAUCCUUUACAUAUGUUUUGGGAGGCUAAUCCUUUACAUAUGUUUUGGGAGGCUAAUCCUUUACAUAUGUUUUGGGAGGCUAAUCCUUUACAUAUGUUUUGGGAGGCUAAUCCUUUACAUAUGUUUUGGGAGGCUAAUCCUUUACAUAUGUUUUGGGAGGCUAAUCCUUUACAUAUGUUUUGGGAGGCUAAUCCUUUACAUAUGUUUUGGGAGGCUAAUCCUUUACAUAUGUUUUGGGAGGCUAAUCCUUUACUGAUGUUUUGGGAGGCUAAUCCUUUACAGAUGUUUUGGGAGGCUAAUCCUUUACAUAUGUUUUGGGAUGCUAAUGCUUUACAGAUGUUUUGGGAGGCUAAUCCUUUACUGAUGUUUUGGGAGGCUAAUGCUUUACACAUGUUUUGGGAGGCUAAUUCUUCACAUAUGUUUAGGGAGGCUUAUCCUUUACAGAUGUUUUGGGAGGCUAAUCCUUUACAGUUGUUUUGGGAGGCUAAUCCUUCACAUAUGUUUAGGGAGGCUAAUCCUUUACUGAUGUUUUAGGAGGCUA